AACGAAGAGGGAAUCAAGGAAUCAGUGAUUACCAUCAAUCAGCACAAUUACGGAUCAAUCAGCAUUUAGUAUCAUUAAUGUAAUCGAUAUUUCCGUUGUAAUUCUAUCCCUAUAUAAAGGGACUAUGAAAUGAAAUGAGUAGACCAAUUCCAAUUGACAUUUUACUUUAACACGUUAUCAGCACGCUCAGAGCAAAUAGCCAAGAAAAAAAAAACCCUAAAAGAAAAACAAAAACUUUUUCUUUUCUGUCGCCACCCAAAAAAAAAAAAAAAAAACAAAACAAAAAAAAAUCUCCCAACAUAGACCGGCCUCCUCCCCUCUGCAGUCCAGACCGGCCUCGUCCGGCCUCCAUCUACCUUGCAGCACACCAGGCCGCGCUUCACCUCCGCCUGCACAUCACAUAGACCGGCGUAGCCUAACCUAGCCCACCGGCCUCCAGCGCGCUUUUACCACAGCCCACGUAGACCUCGCUGCAGACCCGCGCCCAACAGCCCAUCCCAGCACCGAUCCGGCGAUCCCGGCAGCAUCCCCGUGCCCACCUCACCGAUCUCAGCCUGCACACCCAGGCCACUGGAUCCCAGCCCACCGCAGCCUCCUGCCCCCGCGCGUCUGUGGCAGUCCCUAGUGCCUUGCAGCAACAAUCCACGCGCAGCAGCCACCGAUCUGCAGCAACCCGCCUGCAGCAGCCCCACGCCGCCACCGUACCUGCAAACCUGCAAGCCACAACCCCGCGCAACUGCUCGCACAGCCGCGGAUCACCCUUCACCGUCCAGAUCACCGGCGCCGCCCUUGAGACCCACUGAUCUCAACCCAGUCCCUGCCACCGGCCGCAGAUCCCUACGCUGCCCAACUCACCAGCGCGGUCCCCUGCGCAGUAUACCCAGAAAGAAAAAGAAAAAACAGAGAGAGAAAAAGAAAAGAAAAAAAUCAAAAACAAAAAGAUGCGAUCCGGCCCAAAGUAAUAGCCGGUCCAAAGAAAAAAAAAGAGAAGGGACGAAAAUAAAAAAAUAAAAAAAAACUCCGGCCCACUGUUGAAAAAAAAAAAAGGAAGCGGCCCAGUUUUUUUUCACAAGCCAAAAACAUCGUUACGCACGCCUGCAUCAACACGCGCGUGCGCUAGGAUCGUUUUAUUUACUCAAAAUCAAAUGGCUGAUCCAACUCGACCUGAAUUUGACAUCUUGAACUCAGAAGGACUUGAGUACCACCGUUGGGUUUCCGAUAUGGAAACUGCCUUUGUGGCAAAAGACUACACUGCCACCAUUACCGACCCCAAAGAUGAUGAACUAUCUAAUAAGGUGAAAGCAGAUGCCUUAAUUUUUCUGAGGCGACAUAUUGAUCCUAGCCUACGCUGGGAGUACCUUCAGUUGAAGACACCCAAAGCACUGUGGGAUGCCCUUAAAGGACGUUUUGGGAACAUUCACGAUACUUUGCUCCCAGGACUGGCUGUUCAGUGGAAUGGAAUCCGUUUUCUUGACUAUAAAAAGGUCAAUGACUUCAACAAGGACAUGUUGCGCUUAAAGGCACGUCUCAAUUUCUGUGGAAGGGAAAUCACAGAAGAUGAUAUGAUCUACAAGACUCUUACCACCUUUCCUAAUUCAGCUUUUAUACUAGCGAACCAGUAUCAGUUGGAUUAUGACAACAAAAGAAUCACAACCUUCAAUAAGUUGAUAAGCCUACUGCAAGUGGCUGAGAGACAAAAUAAGAUUCUCUUGAAUAACAAUGCCAGGCCCACUGGGACAAAGAAAAUUCCCGAGGCUAAUUAUGGAAAAAUGAAAGGUGGAAAUAACUCCAAUGCAAGGGGGUUUAGACGUGCUGAUCCCUACCCACAUGGCAACAAUGCACCACGUGGAAAGGGACAUGGGGAUCAUGGAAACAAGAUGCCAAAGGAAAGAGUUGACAAUGAACCAUGCUAUAGGUGUGGAUUCAUUGGGCAUUGGUACAAGAACUGCCAAGCAAACAACAGAGUAGCAGCCAAUUACAAGAGGUAUAGAGAGUCUAAAGAACAAGAGGCUCACUAUAUGGAAGAAGGAGGUCAUGACCUAGACGUCAACCUUACAAUUGCAGACUUCAAUGGCAAAGAGGAACUUGCUAAGUCAAUGGAUGCUCUCAAUCUUGACUGGUCUGCUUUAUUCAUUUUAUUUUCCAAAGACAGUUGUGAAGGCAUAAUGCCUCAUUUUUAAUUAGACUACUACUUGGUCUUAAAGUUUAUUUCAAUACUGGUUUGAUGAAUUAGAACAAGACCUUGAUUUGAUUAUCGUUGGCUUAUUAAUA